ACACAACAUCAGGUCAGAGCGGGGGGCUCGGUGGUACUAUAAAACCCCCCCAAGACUAUGACUUCCAGUAAAAUUGAGAUGCCAGGGGAGGUGAAGGCAGAUCCUGCAGCUCUGAUGGCAUCUCUGCAUCUGCUGCCUUCUCCCACUCUCAACCUUGAAAUCAAAUACACCAAGAUUUUCAUCAAUAAUGAGUGGCAAAAUUCUGAAAGUGGGAGAAUAUUCCCAGUAUAUAAUCCAGCAACAGGAGAGCAGAUCUGUGAGAUCCAGGAAGCUGACAAGGUUGAUACGGACAAAGCAGUGAGGGCAGCUCGCCUUGCCUUUUCUCUAGGUUCAGUGUGGAGGAGAAUGGAUGCAUCGGAAAGAGGCCAUCUUUUGGAUAAGCUAGCAGACUUGGUCGAAAGAGACAGGGCAAUUCUCGCUACUAUGGAAUCACUGAACAGUGGCAAACCUUUCUUGCAAGCUUUCUACGUAGAUCUUCAGGGAGUCAUAAAAACCCUGAGGUAUUACGCCGGCUGGGCAGACAAAAUCCAUGGAAUGACCAUUCCUGUAGAUGGAGAUUAUUUUACGUUUACAAGACACGAACCCAUCGGAGUGUGUGGACAGAUCAUCCCUUGGAACUUCCCCCUGCUGAUGUUUGCAUGGAAGAUUGCUCCAGCUCUGUGCUGUGGCAAUACAGUAGUUAUUAAACCAGCAGAACAAACACCACUCAGCGCUCUCUAUAUGGGAGCCCUCAUCAAGGAGGCUGGCUUUCCACCAGGAGUUGUCAAUAUUUUGCCAGGAUUUGGUCCAAUUGUUGGUGCAGCCAUAGCAUCUCACGUUGGCAUUGAUAAAAUUGCUUUUACUGGAUCCACUGAGGUAAGAGGAUUCACGGAUAUGUUACU